AUGGCUCAAUUGACACAACAGGUUCUGCGACUGCAACAGGAGAAUGCUGCCUUGAAGAAGGCAUCGUCUGCAGAUCCCGGUCACCAUGCCACCAACGAGCUUGCUCUUGCUUACGCCCAGAUUCAAACCCUCCGGGAAGAAAAUUCUGAGCUGAGCAAUCUGAGGAGUCUCCACGACGAGUAUGGCUGCCCCGAGCUGAUGCAGAUCACACAGCGGGAAGUCGUACAUGCUCAGCUACGACAACGGUCUGCUGAAGCCGAAAGUAAGGGAUUUCGCCAUUUACAUCUCGCAAACAAGUCAAUGGAAAAGCAAAUACUCACUGCUCAAAAGCUGCUUGGUGAUUCUACGCGCGAGCUUCGCCUCAGCGAAGCCGAGGUCACGUCGCUCAAGCUAUCGAUUGAAGUCUAUCGUCAAGGCCAGAUGGAUGCCGAAGACAAGGUCGCCUUGCUUGAGGCCGAGCUCCUGCGGUGCAAACAACGGGAGGCCAACCAGUCAAGCAUCACCAUCCACAUCGAUUCUUCCCAGCCGAAGAAAUGGAACCUGAUCAAGCGUGCCCGCGCCGCCAUGGCUCAAAACACGACACUUGACAUUCAAGGACCUCCAGAGCUAGUAGCCUCUUUUGUGAGCGACAUGCGCACUGUCGAGAUUGAUCAUAAGAAGCAAACUGCAGCAGCCGAGCAUUGGCAGAAGGUGGCCAAUGAUGCUCGCGUCAACACUGUCACGGGUCCGAUCUGUACUGUGCCUGGCCAUAGGAGCAUGAAGGACGAGCUGGAAGCCAAAGAUCAGCAACUCAAGAUGCAGAACCAGCUCGUUGCAACCUGGCAGAAGAGGCAUGCGGAGAUCAAAGGCUUCAUGGAUCGGGCUGGGAUCGAGAUGAGGGCUCAAGGUGUUCGGGGUGUUUUAUAG